GAGAACAUUUAAUUAUUGAAAGAUGGUGGUGGUGCCGGCAACAAUUGGGCAUCGGGUUUCAGUCAAGGCAAAAAAUUGCAAGAAGAAGUGUUUGAAAUCAUCGAUCGUGAGGCAUAUGGCAGUGUCAGAUUGGAGGGAUUUGUUCUGUGUUAUUCGAUUGCCGGCGGCACUGGCUCAGGCAUGGAAUCCUAUAUCAUGGAACGGCUGUCCGAUCGAUUCCCCAAGAAAUUGAUUCAAACAUACAGUGUGUUUCCGAAUCAAGAUGAAAUCAGUGGUGUCGUCGGCCGUACAAUUCACUUUUGACUUUGCGACGACCAGCUGCGCUGAGUGGGUCGUUGUUUUGGGUAACACAGCACUCAAUCGCAUCGCCACCGACCGACCUCAUAUUGAGACGCCACAAUUGCAUUGAAUGAUGAAUCGCAAUUGCCAUCAUUUGUUUGCUAGAAUGUAUCGGUGUCUCUUUGCAACGAACUCCGAUUUUGCUAAAUUGCAUUUUCGCAGAAAUCAACGAAAUCGAAUUUGUAUACAUUACUGGGUACUGUUUGUUUAGUCUUUCAAAAAUGCGAUCUCAGUGAAAUGAAUUCUCGUUCGUCCAAUAUUGCCGAAUUCACAGACGAAAACCGAAAUUUGAAAAAGAAAAAAAACAACAAAUCUUCGAAAAUGAAGAGGAAAAUCUCGUCAAAAAUGGAAAAAUACCUGUUCCAAGCGACCCCAUUUGGAAUCACUUGCAUGCAAAAUACGAAUUGCGUGUAGACAUAACAACGAAAGCAAUUUAUACAGCCGCACUGCUGCAUUAUAAAGAACGUGGAAAACUGAUUUGAAUUAACCAAAAUGAGGAUGAAAAUGAACCGGAAGUUGAAAGUGAUGAAAACAGAGAUACUUCUGAUAAAAGCCACGAUCCGAUUGAUGUUGAUGAAUCAAAUGUUAUUAAAUUCCAUGUUGUUCUAUCUGCAAAAGCGUGGAGUUACAUUAAACCAGAACAAGAAAAAUAUCACCGGCAAGUUGACCACGACCAUAAAAAUCCAGAUCGAAAUUAUCUUGUUUUGAAACGUGGUUCAUGGACAUGUGCACUCUCCGAACAAAUUUCCGAAAAGCGAAGUGACAUUCCAUGCCGAUGGACAUAUCAACGCGGCAAAGUGCAUGAAAAUGGUGCUGUUUAUAUCAAAGUGACCGGAUCGUGUAUAACGUGUAAUGCACAAUUGACUGGCGCACUUAAGGACAAGCCAGAUUCAGAAAGUAAAACCAUUAAAUUUGACUUUGUGAUAAAAGGUUUGAAUAUGCAAAUGCACGCAGAGAAAAGCGCACAAAAAUCAGUUCGCCUAGGUGGAGAUUUUGCACGCGAUAUAUACGAAAGUAGCGGUACCGGUAUAAUGACGCGACGACGUACCAUGAACCGAUCCACAAGCUUGUGUCGAUUUCCCACAAAUCGCGUCCCUACAAGUGGUGCGAUUGCAGCUGGCAAAUACAGAUUGAAUAAAUUCGACCGAAUCGAUGAUGAUCCAUUUACAUCUAUUGAAUAUUUGAGCCGUUCCGCUUUUGGUAAAUGUAUACGAGGCCUUUCAUUGAUUCCAUUUUACGUGAUGUACACAAGCGUUGACCAGAUUGUUAUGUAUAACAUAUAUAAAAAGAAGAACAAAAUUACAAAAGUCAGUGCAGAUUCAACCGGAUCGAUUGCCCACAAAAUUGUUCGAGAAGGUCGUAAGUCGCAGCAAAUUCAUCUUUACACUCUCGUAAUUUCCGAUGGAUUCCAGAUCCCAGUCCAUUCGAUGAUUACAGAUGCACAUAAUACCAGUUUGGUUUCGUAUUGGCUACGAGAAUUCGUUCGUUUCACUGGGGAUACUCCAAAUGUGUUUAUUUGCGAUAUGUCUUCCGUUCUUCUUAAUUCCGCUGCAAGGGAAUUUGCCAAAUGUGAUGACAUAUCAGAAUACGCAGAAAUUCUUUUCAAUAUGCAUACGGAACCCAACAUCAAAAUACCCAAAUGUUAUAUUAGGUGUGACAGGAAUCAUUUCAUAAAACUGGUGGCUUCUUGUGAUGCUUUAAAAGAGGUAUCGGCUUUACAAAAGCAAUUUUACAUACGCUCCGUUUGCUUGCUCAUGAAUUGCAGAAGAAUUUCUCAAGCGGAAAUGAUACUCCUAUCAAUUUUAACUGUUGCAAAGAGUGAAUUCAAAGGUGAAGAGGCUGAUUCACUUUUCAAAGUUCGUAGACAACGCUUGUUUGAUAUGAUUGGUACGAUGCCAGAUUUUAGUAAAGAAGAAAAUAUAUCCAUCCAAUCAUGUUGCUCUCCUGAAAAAACUGAUCUUGGAAUUACUUCAAGCAGAAUCAAAGAUUGGUUGAAGGAAAUGGAUGUUCAAUCAAUUACGGAAAGAUACGACGGCGAAAAGAACAAUUUGUUCAACGAAAAAUUUGCUAAAUAUCUACUCAGUCUCAGCGAAACAUUGGUGCUAUGGUCAGGAAUCAACGCACAGUUCUUUAACGCUGAUGUAAGUGCCAGCAGUGCCAAUGUUGAGUCCUAUUUCAAAGACCUAAAAUCAUCGAUACCUCAUUUACCAUGUCGGGCCGACGUAUUCAUGCAAGAGCACAUAGAAAUGAUUAACGGUAUGAUAGUCGAUGCAUCCCAAGAAUAUGUGAAUUUUGUUGAUGCUUCAGGUGGGCUCGAAAAAUUUCGAAAAGAUAUCCCAAUUGUUCCAAUUGAUGACUCGGAGAAUGAAUCUGAACCAGAAACGAGCGAAAUUAAUGAAGUGUUUGGUUACACACAGGUCAAUUCAUUUUCAGCUCUUGGAGAUCAACCAGAAUUAAUUGAUUCAUCUAUGCAAAUCGCUCAGCAAAAUACUUGUGUCGCAUGCAAACUGGGAGAUUUGCCAGGUGGUGCCCAUACGUGCAUAAAAUGCAUGAAAGCAAUUCAUGUUAUUGAUGGUUGCUCGUAUAGCGCCGGACAAGAAGAAGGCUAUGGUGAAAAACGGGUUUGCUAUUCGUGCUAUUUUGAAAAGUUCAACGAAGACGAAACAAAGUCAAAAGCAAACCCACGGAAGAAAAAUCCAAAGAAUGAAAAGUCGGUUUCCAAGGUUUUGAAUGCACAAGAUAAAUGGGCAAAAACAAAGCGAAGUCAACGAUCUUACCUAAGACCAUUACCUCAUUUGGGCCUUAUGACCAGCGAGAAAAAAACCCCGAAAAUUGGAUUUUUAAUCAACGCUACAGCUCAAACAACCGUUCACAAAGUAAACGGAGUUCCAGUUAAAUUGAAGAACACUUGCGCUUUUGAUUCGGUCGUUCAGCUGUUGGCUAUCGUCUACGCAUAUAACCCGAAAGUUCGCAGUGCAUUCGAUGAAUAUUUGGAAUAUCCAGGAAUUGAAAUUGCAACCAUGUUAGCCAAAAACGUUCACAUGCGGUCGAUUAAUAAGAAAAGAGCUGAAAUUGUAUCGCGUAUUAUGGACGAUUCUGAUGGUCCUAUCACAGCAAAUUAUAUUUUUUCAGUUUUGAUGAAAGAAUGUCCAUCGUACAAAGAAACAACAAUUUGCUCCGACGAAUGUAUCAACGAACCAAAAUAUCACCCGAUAAUCAAAUU